UCCAACCCAAUCAAGGCCUGCAAGUUCGGACUUUCUCUCCAGGAAUAUUUCUUGUUUUAGUAGGGACAAGGUCAAGCGGAAAAGAAGGGCUGCCAGGGCUUGGAGCAAAACACCCUACCAAACCCGCUCGAAGGCCAACAAAGGCCAGAGACUGGAGAUGUUCAUCCGGUAGGGCCCAGGCUGCAACUCCAGGGUUGGGGACAGGAUACCUCUAAUCUUCAGCUUCCUCCUCCAGUGAUCCCAAAGUCCACUAGGAUCCUCCUUUGCCCAGCAUCCCUUAAAUGACCGUGACCUAUCCCAGCCCACUCUAGACACCUGAAAUUCCCAGUUAAUCCCCCACAAGAAACUUACAACUCAACCAACCUCCAAGACUGGUGGUCCGAAGCUCGCAGGCCCAAGGGCCAAGCUGGAGAAAUCAGGAGGCAGGAGAGCAGAAACUUUAGUCCUGACUGAUUCUUUAACUUUCUCUUUCGCCCUAAGCCCACUGGAGAUCCUUCCCGCCUCCCCCAAAGCAUCGCGCGGCACCGAGCCCAAGAAAAGAAAAGGUGGUUUGGAGUGAAGAAAGUGGAAGGUGAAGAGAUGGGAAGGAAUACCUGAAGCUUGUCUGGACCUUUUAAUUUGAAUUUGACUGUUUUGAGCCCUGGUUGCCUCACUCUCUCCCGCAUUUUCUCCCUCUCCUCCCCCCUCUUCCCGGGAGUUACAGGCUGGUUCUGUAAACAAGCCCCACUCUUCCCAGAACAUCCCCACGUCCCUCCACCCAUCCCACCACCACUCCACCACCACCCCACCGCCCCCGCAGAAAGGGGUGCGCUUUCUUUGUUCGCCGGGAAGGGCUCCCGAGCCCUUACCCCGAGGCAGCUGCUAGGUGGCGCUGUUACUCCACGCUGCGCGCUCCGCCUGCCGACAACUUGACCCCACUGACGUCACGGCCGUCUGAAUCAUCAAGGCCAUUUUCAAAUCCCAUUGGUCUAGCCGUCACAUGGUGAGGACCGAAUGCUCGGAUAAUUAUGGAGCUGAUAUUUCCCCCCUCCCCUUCUUUUUCCUCCCACCCCUCCAAACGCCCCCCCCUUCCCGGAUGGGGGAAAAAAGAUGUCAGCUCCUCCGCUGUAGUAUUGCUCCUUAAAAACCCCUCUCUCUGAAAAUGACAUGCCCUCGCAAUGUAACUCCGAACUCGUACGCGGAGCCCUUGGCUGCGCCGGGAGGAGGAGAGCGCUAUAACCGGAGCGCAGGAAUGUAUAUGCAAUCUGGGAGUGACUUCAACUGCGGGGUGAUGAGGGGCUGCGGGCUCGCGCCCUCGCUUUCCAAGAGGGACGAGGGCAACAGCCCCAACCUGGCCCUCAACACCUACCCGUCCUACCUCUCGCAGCUGGACUCCUGGGGCGACCCCAAAGCCGCCUACCGCCUGGAACAACCUGUUGGCAGGCCUCUGUCCUCUUGCUCCUACCCACCCAGUGUCAAGGAGGAGAAUGUCUGCUGCAUGUACAGUGCAGAGAAGAGGACGAAAAGUGGUCCCGAGGCAGCUCUCUAUUCCCACCCCCUGCCGGAGUCCUGCCUUGGGGAGCACGAGGUACCUGUACCCAGCUAUUACCGCGCCAGCCCGAGCUACUCGGCGCUGGACAAAACGCCACACUGUGCUGGGGCCAACGACUUCGAAGCCCCUUUUGAGCAGCGGGCCAGUCUCAACCCGCGCGCUGAACAUCUGGAAUCGCCUCAGCUUGGGGGCAAAGUGAGUUUUCCUGAGACCCCCAAGUCCGAAAGCCAGACCCCCAGUCCCAAUGAGAUCAAGACGGAGCAAAGUCUGGCGGGCCCAAAAAGCAGCCCCUCGGAGAACGAAAAGGAACGGGCCAAGAUAGCAGACUCCAGCCCAGACACCUCGGAUAACGAAGCUAAAGAGGAGAUAAAGGCAGAAAACACCACAGGAAAUUGGCUGACAGCAAAGAGCGGAAGGAAGAAGAGGUGCCCCUAUACUAAACACCAGACGCUGGAAUUGGAGAAAGAGUUUCUGUUCAAUAUGUAUUUGACGCGAGAGCGCCGCCUGGAGAUUAGCAAGACCAUUAACCUCACAGACAGACAAGUCAAAAUCUGGUUUCAAAAUCGCAGAAUGAAACUCAAGAAAAUGAACAGAGAGAAUCGGAUCCGGGAACUGACCUCCAAUUUUAAUUUCACCUGAGCCAGCGUCAUCUCCUCCCCCUCCCCAUCUCUCCUUUCCCCGCCCCUCCUCCCUUUGUGCCUGGUGGUAUUUUUUUCCCUCCCUGAGUAUAAAUGCAACGCGCCUGCAAAGAAAAAAAAAGGCAAAGACCUCAGACUCUCCUUCCAAGGGACCUAUGGUUUGUGCUGCAAGGAUUCUUCCACCUAAAGCAUGAGAAAUGGGGUGCUGGGUUUUGGGGUGUUGUGCGUGCCCUCAAGGAUGGGGUGGGAGUGUGGCUGGUGUGUGUGUCGUGUCAACCCCCACUCACCCAUGCACUCACACGCAGCAUUCUGCUCCCCAUGCAAGCUAAGAUAGAAUCCACCCCAUUAUAGAGAAAAGAAAGGGGGGAAAAUCAACCAGAGAGGGUCUGUAACCUUGGAGAUCAUAGUCAGAUUGCUCCCUCCUUGCUGCAUUUCCCCCCUUAGAAUAAUAGACAGUCUUGAAAAUUUGUCUAGUAUUUGUGUGUUUGUCAUAGCGCCCAGCAUCUAGACCCAGCCCUCCCUGUGUCUUUCCCUUCCAGUGACUCUGAGAAUCUGCUUGAAGUAUUUGUACUGCUUUCUGCUUCUCUCCCACCCCUCCCAGCACCCUGUCCCUCCCUUCUACUAACAUCUCAGAAAUUCCAUCAAGAACAAAAUAAUUAAAAUAAAUAAUUAAAAAUAGAACAUAAAGUAAAGACACCCCCCCGGAGUUGUCCUGUCCCUGUCUGGGAGUUGUGUUAUUUAAAGAUAUUCUGUAUGUUGUAUCUUUUGCAUGUAGCUUCCUUAAUGGAGAAAAAAAUCCUAAUAAAU